CUGGUGAUCAUCCUGGCGGAAUCACUAAGGAAUGAACCGACUCACUUUCGGUAUUUCUAUCGUGAUCAAAUUGGCGGUACAGAUUUUGGACCAAUUCAUUCUCUGUUUACAACUAUUGAUAUGGGUCGUGGAUUACUGCAUUUCGUUUAUCAAAGUCGCAAUCAAUCAAUGUACACGAUGGAUCCAAGUGGCAAUUUCGCUUUCUACACAGUUCCCGGGAAAACCGGACAGGACGUGUAUCAGCAGAAGGUGGAUUAUCCAGCAUUCACGCUCAGUAAUGGAUCGGAAGCUCCAAAACAACAACAACCCACAACAAUAUUUACUGUGAACGGUUUUGAUCAAAUAUUUCCAUUGGAUCGGGAUGCAGUUCUCGUGUGGAAAUUCGCCACUCAGAGGAGAAGUGCAUGGUUGUACGAAGGGAGUUAUUCGGGAGGCGGUCAGUCAUCAUCCUUCUAUCCAAUUGGCUGCAUCUCGUCUGGAAUCAGUGACCCUAGCGGCGAACUAUCCUUAAAAAUCCAUCAAAUUCGGCGCCAACCGUGAAC